GCACCUCUUACAGUCUUUCCAUUGAAGGGUUAAAUGGAUUUAGCAUCCACAGAGCUCUUUACGGAGGGUUAGUUAUUGUGGCGCAGCGCACAGCCUCUGGACGGCGCGCGCUGCUGCGGACACGCGCUCGAGCGCAACUUCAGUACUCAGUACUGCACGCCGCCGUCAGCAGUACCAGCAAACGUAAACAAUGGCGGAGCGGCUGUAAAACACAGCUCAGCGGAUCCAGUUUGCCCCAUGGACGGGUAUUUCGCGUACGUCGGCAUGGAAAACCCGACCGAAAACCCCAGCAAGGCGGCGGAGUACCUGAAAGAGCUCAAUAAGAUCAUCGAGACCCAACAGGAGUUGCUGGAGAAGCAGAAGGUUCGUAUCGAGGAGCUGGAACAGCAAGUGUCUGAUCUUUGUCAGGAGAACGCGUGCUUGAAGGAUCAACACCAGAGGCACCUGGCCACCUGCAGGCUACAACAACAGGGCAACAGUCACCCCACGCUGGGUGCCAUCAAGGAAAAUGUGAUCCAGGAAAAGAAUGAAAGUGAAGGCUUGCGUAUCUCAAAUGUCAGACGGCACGCUUCUUUGCCCCUCGAUGUCACAGAUAACCCCGGCAACUUUAUUGUUCCACUGUGUCGAAGAAGUUACCCCUGUCGCAAAUGGAAGUCUGCAUCCCUUGGUGUGGAAGGUGAGGCUUCAGGUGGCGAGGUGGGUCCAUCUCUGGAGAACAGCGGUGGUUACAUACGAGGGCCGGUGAGCCGCAGCGCCAUCAUCAGCGGCGAGCAUUUUGACGGCCAACCGUUGUAUGCUCACGAGGUACGGCAACGUCCACGACGACCCAAGCUCCAGCAUUCCCAGUCCAUCCUACGGAAACAGGCGGAGGAGGAGGCCAUCAAACGGUCCCGAUCGCUAUCCGAGAGCUAUGAGCUUUCCACCGACCUCCAAGACAAACAGGUGGAAAUGCUGGAGCGCAAGUAUGGGGGGCGCUUUAUAACCCGACAUGCGGCACGCACAAUCCAGACUGCCUUUCGCCAAUAUCAGAUGAACAAGAAUUUUGAGCGCCUCAGGAGUUCCAUGUCGGAGAAUCGUAUGUCCAGACGCAUAGUUUUGUCCAAUAUGAGAAUGCAGUUUUCUUUUGAAGGACCUGAAAAAGUCCACAGUUCAUACUUCGAGGGUAAGCAGGUGUCCCUAACCGAUGAUGGUUCUAAACUAGGAGCCCUGGUGCAGUCGGAGCGUAGUGAAAUGGUCCCCACCAACAUGAAGUCCCCUGCUGUCCAGAGUGAUUUCACAGACGCCAUCACAGAGCUAGAAGAUGUUUUUUCUCGACAAGUAAAGUCGCUGGCAGAAUCGAUAGAUGAUGCUCUAAACUGUCGCAGCCUACACGGAGACGAGGGUCAGCCUGAGCCAACCAGAGGUCAUCCGAACUUAGAUCAAGAGGUUACUUACCAAGUCAAACCUUCCCACAGCAGUGACCAUCGUAAACGGGAUGAGAUGACUGCCUCUUACAGCGAUGUGACGCUUUAUAUAGACGAAGAAGAGCUUUCCUCUCCUCUUCCUUUAUCGCAAUCAGUCGAAAGACCUUCUAGCACAGAGUCAGACAUCCGUUUACGUUCUUUAAAUUCCUCGCAGGACUAUUGGCCUCUGGUUCAUAAGGACGAUAAAGGCGACACGGACACUAGCUGUCGUAGCACCCCGUCUCUGGAGUGUCAAGAGCAGAGACUGAGGAUAGACCACCUCCCCUUACUGACUAUCGAACCUCCCAGCGAUAGCUCGGUUGAACUAAGCGACCGCUCUGACCGAAGCUCGGUCAAGAGGCAGAACGCUUACGAUAGAGGUAUCACCAGUCAGCAGGGCAGCCCUAAACACAUACCCUCUCACGCGCUCCCACCGAGAGGACCCUCGCGGGAUGACGAUGCACCUCGGCAUCGGCCACGGCAACUUGAGAGCCACCUGGCAAUCAACGGCACCGCAAACCGCCAGAGCAAAUCCGAGUCCGAUUUCUCCGACGGGGAUAAUGACAGCAUCAACAGUACUUCCAAUUCCAAUGACACCAUCAACUGCAGUUCAGAGUCCUCGUCCAGGGAUAGCCUUAGAGAGCAGACGCUAAGUAAGCAGACUUAUCACAAGGAGACGCGCAACAGCUGGGACUCGCCCGCGUUCAGCAACGAUAUCAUUCGGAAGAGGCACUACCGCAUUGGCCUGAAUCUUUUUAACAAGAAGCCAGAGAAAGGUAUCCAAUACCUGAUCGAGCGAGGAUUUGUUCCAGACACACCUGUGGGUGUUGCCCACUUCUUGUUACAGAGGAAGGGGCUGAGCCGGCAGAUGAUUGGCGAGUUUUUGGGCAACAGGCAGAAGCAGUUCAACAGAGAUGUUCUUGACUGCGUGGUAGAUGAGAUGGAUUUCUCAGGAAUGGAGCUCGACGAAGCCUUAAGAAAAUUCCAGGCUCAUAUCCGGGUACAAGGAGAAGCACAGAAAGUGGAACGACUCAUUGAAGCCUUCAGUCAACGCUACUGCAUCUGUAACCCAGGAGUGGUGCGUCAGUUUCGGAAUCCAGAUACCAUCUUCAUCCUGGCGUUUGCCAUUAUUCUUCUCAACACGGAUAUGUACAGUCCGAACGUGAAGCCAGAGAGGAAGAUGAAGUUGGAAGACUUUGUCAAGAACCUUCGUGGUGUUGAUGAUGGAGAGGAUAUCCCACGAGAGAUGCUCGUCGGCAUCUACGAACGAAUCCGGAAACGGGAACUUAAGACUAAUGAAGACCACGUUUCCCAGGUGCAGAAGGUGGAGAAACUCAUUGUUGGAAAGAAGCCGAUUGGAUCUCUUCACCAUGGCCUUGGAUGUGUGCUGUCCCUACCACAUCGCAGGUUGGUAUGUUACUGCAGGCUGUUUGAAGUCCCGGACCCCAACAAACCUCAGAAGCUGGGUCUCCACCAGAGAGAGAUUUUUCUAUUCAACGACCUCCUUGUGGUCACUAAGAUUUUCCAGAAGAAGAAGAACUCGGUGACGUACAGCUUCAGGCAGUCCUUCUCUCUGUACGGGAUGCAGGUGCUUCUGUUUGAAAACCAAUAUUACCCCAAUGGAGUGCGUCUCACUUCGGCUCUGCCGGGCGCUGACAUCAAGGUUCUCAUUAACUUUAACGCCCCCAACCCACAAGACCGUAAGAAGUUUACAGACGACCUGCGGGAGUCCAUCGCCGAGGUGCAGGAGAUGGAGAAGUACAGAAUAGAGUCUGAAUUGGAAAAGCAGAAAGGAGUCGUCCGUCCCAGCAUUUCCCAGAGCUCCGGUCUGAAGAAAGAGACGGGAAAUGGAAAUCUAAGUCGCACCAGUCUAGAUGACAGUUACGCCAUGGGCGAGGGUCUCAAGAGAAGCGCACUCAGCAGCUCCUUACGUGACCUCUCGGAUGCAGGCAAACGAGGGCGCCGAAGCAGCGCAGGAUCUCUAGACAGCAAUAUGGAAGGGUCCAUCAUUAGCAGCCCUCACAUACGGCGCCGAGGCACUUCCAGCCGCGACUGCCCCUCCCGUCAGCAGUCCAUCCCCAACUCCUCCUCUCUCCUCGGAUCGCUUUUCGGCACCAAGCGGGGCAAAUCGCCCCAACAACCGUCCCACCCCUCCCACCCGACACUGAUCUCUCACACGCCGCACCCCACCAACCUGCACCACACGGCCCGCGAGGGCGUCGCGGUCACCGAGACCCAGGCUCAGAUGCACCCGCACCACCCUCAGUUUUGUCAGAUGCAGAAUCCCCCACCCUACCACCACCACCAUCACUACCACCCACCGGCACACAUUCAACACCCACCGCACCAGUACCACCCACCGCCCGGCACUUCGUCCUCUCACAGCCACGGCCCUCACGGCCACGGGCUGCACUCUUCUCACUCCCAGCAUGCAUCUCACCACCACAGCCAACCUCCGGCUCCUCCUCCGGCGUCCAGCAGCACCAAGCCCAAACACAGCGGCAUCAGCACUGUGGUUUGAACUCUUUUUCUCGGGACUUCAUUUGGCGGGGUGCCUGGCGGCAGACCGUGAGCCUCUCUUUAGCUAACAUACUGAAGAUUGUAACACGCGAUGGAUUCUUACUGCCUACCAGGACCAGAACAAAGGGCACCUUGACUCUUUAUUCAGCCGGUUUCCUCCAAAAACGGGAAGCCACACUGUGUAGCAUCGGCGUUCAAGCCGCUAGAACUUCAGUCAUCACAGUUCUUAUUGUCUCUCAAGCUGUAGACUCCCAGAUAAAGUUGCUGCUCAUUUCAGGCUCGACUUUUAACACACGUGGACAAGAGAUGGCAGUCAACCAAGAGCAUGCGCAAAGACCGUGGCAACUGUUUCCUUGUACUUAUCAAAUAGCCUGCUUAUUAGUUUGCAGAAACUACGUCCUUUGCAUAGAAACGCCAUGGUUUGCGAUAACAGUCUGCGGCCAGUCACAACAAAUGGUGUUCCAGUAUUUAAUGUAGCUGUAGACCACACAUUUCUGUGAUAUAGUUAGGGGACUAUAAUGUGCCAAUUAUUAAAAACCAGUGACUGAGUUAUAAAAAAGAUUUGCUUUGUGUAUGUUGUGCAUAUAGUAUUUUGUAAAAUAAUAAUAAUACUACUUAUCAGCUGUUAUUAUUAUUAUUAUCAUUAUAGAACAAAAAGGUCCCAAUGCUCAGCUAAUAUCUCAGUAUUCUCUGUAUACUCUUCUGUAGUACGAGUUACUAGUUUACACAAACGAUAAUAACUCAGUAGUACAUUCGGUAGACAACAUAAAAUGUAUCGGUUGCCUUUGAGAUAAAUCUUGGAAGAUUCUAGAAUGAAACUGCAGAAUCUCCAGGUCCGGGACGGCUGUGUUCACUUCACCUCUUUUUAGGGAUCUACGUAGCGCAAACCAAUCACAGGGAUUCUGGGAAGGGGAGGGCGGAGCCAUGGGGUAACUAGCAGAGCACCGAGUUUAUCAAUGGAUCCUCCGUCAGUCCUGCUCACUGCUGCAACAUGGUUUUAUUUUUUUAACUAUUUUUUUAAAGAUUAAUAAAACGAUAUGAAAUAAAUGUACAUUUGAAGAUGUUUAUGGCAAGGUGGUUUGAUCUCGAAGGCUAUUUUGGAAAUAACGGCACGUUUAGUAUAUGGUAGUGUUUUGUUUUCCGGAAUAGAUAUGUGAUAUAUGUUGAAGGAAAGCAGGCUGCAUUUCGAAGCUGAUCUUACCCCAUAUUUCAGAGGUUUGUUUCGAGUUAAAAAGUGUAGUUAUUUUUUCACCCUCUAAACCUGUAUGAGUUUCUUUACUCUGUUGAACACAAAAUAAGAUAUUUUGAUAAAUGAUGGUAAGCACACUGAUGACGGUACUCAUUGACUUCCAUGGUAUUAGUUUUUCCUACUAUAAAAGUGAAUGGGUACCACGACUCAUCAUUUAUCUAAAUAUCUUCUUUUGUGUUCAACAGAAUAAAGAAACUCAUACAGAACAACAUGACAGAAUUUUCAUUUUUGGGUGAACUAUCACUUUUUAAGAUGUUGUUUUUCCUCAGCGAACUGAUCGACUGUGCCCUCUUCAUUUCACUGUAUGUACGAUUCUUUAUGAAACUGGAGUGUUAACACAAACUGAAGUAGAUUUGAUACAUAUUUUUCUGUUCUGGUUUGAGAAUGCCUUUCACUUGCUCAGACACAGUAAUGUAAUCUAACGUGAUGUAAACUGCGAAUACAUACUGUAGCAGUGGGUUUGAUGGAUGUUUUUUCAUUCAAAACCGAUACGGACCUGUUUUUCACACAUAUCCCCUUACUUGGUUCAAAUUGUUUUAUACUGUAAAGAGAUGAAUAGUGAAGGAGCUGUGAUUCGAUGUAGUUUUGUGUCGACACUCUUUUAACUCAAGCACAGAGCUUCUAAACAGCACUUGUCCUUGUAAAUAAUGACUUAUUGUACAGAAAACUAUGGUUAAAAUGUACGCUCUCGAUUAUGAGACCAAUGUCAGCAGUUAUGACAUUUGCUGUGCGUUAUUUCUUUUUUUGAUCUAUUCUUUUUUUUAAUAAUCAUGUGCAAUAUGUAUGUUUCAGUUUUGUAAAUUCAGAAUUGCGACCAAGCAGUUGUUUUUUUGUUUGCUUGUUUGUUUGUUUGUUUGUUUUUGUUAUAUCAUGCCCAAAUGUCUGACCCCAUUAUGUUUCUCAUUCCCACCUACAUCUUGUUCUCCCUGGUCUCUCUUAACCUGCAAUCUGCAGUCAGGAAUGUCAAUUAAAUACUCUUGCAUGUAACCUUAUAUUGUACAAAAAUAUUCUCUAGAUAUUGCAUAUUUCCAGAGAUAUUAUCAGUGUUACAGUUGACUGUUGUUAAAUGAGUGAUGAUGAACAUAUUAAAAUCUGUAGACUUCUCUUCAUUCAA